UUUUGGAUGAAUGGAUUUAACAAAUUUAGGAAAACAUUUGCCACGCUUUGUGAUCAGAUGUAAUCAUCUUGUUUAUUUAAUAUGGAGGAAAACUCUGUUCUACUCGUCCUAUCUACGAACGGCGGAUAUCCUAUAGACUUUUUUCUUGUCUACAUACUUUAGCAUCGUCUAUCUUCUGCUGCUGAAAGCAACGUUUCGGCUGUGGCAAAGUGCUCAGUGCCUAUUGGAUCGAAUUUUACACUCUAAUCAGAAAAUAACCGACAGUCCAUCUGUUCAACAGUUUCAUGCUCCAGCUCUGCUAGGAUUUUUUCUAUCAGCGUUAAACAAGCAAUUUUCUCACUGAAGGAAAAGACUCAGAACUUACAGUUCCUUCCUGCAUCUCUCAAGGUCUUCGAAGUAGGAGGAACACAAAUUCCAAGUUUUAAGAGAAAGAAGACUUUACAGUUUCUAUUUAUGCCUUCACUAACAGUAACGUGAUGCUGUCGCAGUGACACAGAUGUAAUCCAAAGAAAUUCAAUUCACUAAUAUCCAGUUUCGAAGUGGGGAGGCUUCGUGGAAUAUUUGACUGAAAAAUACAAGAAGAAGAAGAAGAAGAACACCAACAACAACAACAACAACAGCAGCAGCAGCAGCAGCAGCAACAACAACAACAACAACAACAACAACAACAACAGAAGCAGCAGCAGUAGAAGGAAUAUACACAGGACUAUGGCGUUCUAAGGACAGAUUCUGACCAUGCACGUGAGAAUGCCAGAUAAAACGACCUUCUUUAUAUUGGUGUGCACUGUCGCAUUCUUCAUUUCCUGGUUUCAGUAUAUGCACAAGCCCGUCAUCCCAAAGGUACUUCCUUCUCUUCCAACCAACAUUAGGAACAUGAAAGACGCUGAAUUGGAGGAACUGUACUACACCUACGUGGGAAACGUCGACGUGUUAUGCACCAACAGGAUUCGUCUGGGUAACCUGUACGACGGCGGUUGGGAUGUCUGUGACGACAUAGAGCACCGUCCCCAAUCACCAUGUUUGGUGUAUUCGUUUGGGAUCAACCACGACUUCAGUUUUGACGAUGCGGUCAGCGAUAAAUACGGGUGCGAGGUUCACUCUUUCGACCCGAGCAUGGGACAAAAUGAUCACAAGCACUCAGACCGGGUGUUUUUCCAUAAUCUUGGGAUAAGCGACCGAGACUUCGUCAACGACAAAGCCUGGACAAUGAGAACACUGACGUCUAUCAAGAAGCAGCUAAACCACACUAAGAUCAAUAUCCUCAAAAUGGACAUCGAGCUAGACGAGUUUAAGGCCCUGCCGAACAUCAUCGCGUCAGACGAGCUGAAGGAUGUCGAUCAGCUGCUCUUUGAAAUCCACUACAAUUCUCGCGAUGAGCAGGCGACGAUCAUAGACUUCAUGGCGCGAGGUCUGGAACUGCUGCGUGACCUGCGGAACCUUGGCUUCUAUGUCUUUUACUCUCACCCGAACCAGUAUAAUUACAUUACGAGUAAGAUAUCUGGACUUCGACGUACGACCUGUAACGAACUGCACAUGCUGAAUGUUAACCGAAACAGAGAGUAGUGUCAGGAAAGUAUUUGGUAAAUACUCUUGGGAAAAGAAGGCAGGAAAGCGUAUAGGAAUCAAAUAAUUGAUGGGAAGCAUUUGUAUUUGUGUGCAGUAAUGCGUACAUUCACAGAACAUGUACAUAGCUUUGCACAUACACAUGAUAAUGGGACGAUCGUACUUCUAAUAACCGAAACCACUAUUGCUUUUACUGUAGUCGAGUUUGUCAACGUCUGUUUUCCUCAGGACUACACUUAAUUUUAUCAGUUAAAGACUUUUUUAUUGCUUUUGAUUUUGAUCUAAUAAAGUUGCUUAAUCUGAAA